AUGGAUGCUGAAAAGGCAAAAGAGGUAAAAAAAGAGCUUGAACCAUCAAAGGAGGAGAGUUCAUCAUCUUCAUCAUCUAAGUCUAAGAAAGAUGAAGAGGAGAAGGAGAUUCUUUAUAUGUUUAGAAAGGUGGAAGUAAACAUUUACCUUUUGGAUGCUAUUAAGCAAGUGCCUAGAUAUGCAAAGUUUUUAAAAGAAUUAUGCACUUCCAAGAGGAAGUUAAAAGGUAAUGAGAAGGUGAGCAUGGGGGAAGAAUAUGCCAAUUGUUUUACAAAAGAAGCUUCCCCUAAAGGUAAAGAUCCAGGUAUGUUUUCUAUUCCUUGCAAGAUUGCUAACACUAAGUUUGAAAGAGCAAUGCUAGAUAUAGGUGCAUCUAUAAAUGUUAAGCCUAGAUCUAUAUAUGCUUCAUUAAACUCGAGACCAUUGCAAAAUACUAGUGCUAUCAUACAAUUGGUUGAUAAGUCAAAUGCAUAUCUUGAUGGUGUGAUUGAGGAAGUUGUAGUGCAAAUUAAUGAAUUAGUCUUUCCUAUUGAUUUUUAUGUUCUUGACAUGGAGGAUGAUCAUUCUUCUAAUUCAUCUCUUAUUUUAUUAGGAAUACCAUUGAGAACAUUUAAAAAUAAGAUUGAUGUGUAUGAUGUUUCGCUUACCAUGGAAUUUGAUUAUGAGAUAUGUAGGUUUAGUAUUUUUGAUGCCAUGAGAUAUCAUAAUGAUGUGCUUUUUAUUUGUUAUCUAGAUGUUAUUAAUGAGUGUGUUAAUGAGAUGUUUGAGUUAAGUGAUGAGGACCCAUUAAAAGUGGCACUUUGCCAUGAUUUGGAGAAAGAGAGCAUCGCUAAUUCAGAAAGGAAGCUUGCCAUUGGUGAAGGGGUGGAAGAGAUUUUGAAAUUCUUUGAUGUUGGAUAA